CAAAACAAACUCGUUUGGCAUUUUAUGAUGCAAGUGUUUACUUUGAACUAGCUGGUUAAUUCAGCCUUAAUUUAACUUCUGAUUUGAAACAGUUAAACAAUGGAGGUCGAUGAAAAGGGAAGCACGAAAGCAGAUAUUCCUAAACCACCUCCGAUCGAUGAUUUUAUCAUUUUGAAGCCGAUCAGCCGCGGCGCUUUUGGGAAGGUCUACCUUGCAAGAAAGAAGUGCAAUGCUCGUUUAUAUGCCAUCAAGGUGAUGAAGAAGGCAGAAAUGGUUGAUAAGAACAUGAUGGGCCAGAUGAAAGCUGAGCGAGAUGCACUUGCUUUGAGCAAGAGCCCUUUCAUCGUGCACUUGUUUUAUUUCCUUCAGACAGCCGCCAAAAUCUAUCUGGUAAUGGAAUACCUCAUUGGUGGAGAUGUCAAAUCUCUCCUUCAUAUUUAUGGCUAUUUCGAUCAGGACAUGGCUCUGAAAUACAUCUCCGAGAUUGCACUUGCUUUGGACUACCUCCAUCGUCACGGCAUAAUCCACAGGGACCUCAAGCCAGACAACAUGCUUAUCUGCAACAAAGGUCACAUCAAACUCACAGAUUUUGGCCUUUCGAAGGUCAAGCUUGACAGAGAGCUGAGUCUCAUGGAUAUCCUUACAACUCCAUCCCUGGCUAAACCAAAGAAGGAUUACUUCCGCACACCAGGUCAAGUCCUGUCUUUAAUCAGCUCCUUUAAUACACCCUCAGGAGAAGGCAAGCGUCACUGCAGCACCUCUGCUGUGAACAGCCCCAUGUCCUGCCGCAAAAUAAAACAGAAGAACAACUCUCUUGGUUCUCCUUUGGUGAAGAAAAGGGAUCAGAUGUACCUUUGUAAACAAGGACCGAAGAGUGAUGUCUUUAGUCCUGCUAUACUGGCAAAAAAUCUAACUCCCAAGUUGCUGAAGACCAGAAGGAGGUUCGAGACGAUGAGUGCAGACAGCAUGAAUGACACUGACGAUGGCAUCAGUCCGCUGUGGGAGUUCGAGGAGAAAGAAAAUGAACACGUGAGUGACCAGAUUAGGCAGUCUGAGUCCAGACGGUUCGAUCUCUCUUGUGGACCCACGAAGCAAAGUGUUCCCUUAAAGGCCUCUCACAGUCUGUCAAAUAAGUCAAAUCGCAUCAGUCUUUCAGAAAAAAGGCUUCGCACCAGAGAACUAGAAUCUGUUUCUGCAGCUCAGGAAGAUCUUUGCCUGUCGCUGAAGGAUGACUGUCAGCCUGCAGUCCCCUCAUCUGUGAAGAGGACGUUUUCAGACAUAGAGACAAGCCCAGAGUUACUGGAGGUCAGAGCCAAAAAGCGAAAUCUGGACUACAAGAGAUUCUAUGAAAUUCCAGGAGAUAGUGCUGCAGGCACCACUGGUCUGACGGGAACGUUUUUCAGCAUCCAGAUUGGUGACUUCAUGGCUUCCACUGAAGGGGUCGAGGCGGCUGAAGACCGGGUGCCAAAGCGUUCCAGUCCUAUUGCUCUUGCCAAAAGUCUGUUGACUGAGCUGGAGGAGCCGGUGGAGGACGUCUUUGAAGAUGAGAGUAAAAACAUGUCGCAUUUAAGUUUCACAUCACCGCUUCCUGGGAACGGUGACCUUUGCAGGAGCUUGAGCCUUGACUCGGAUGGGUCCGUGCUUGAAACGUCUCUCACUAACGGCAGCUACCUGUCCUUCCCAGCAGUAAAUGAGAAGUCCUUGUCAUUUGAAGAACACGAGGAGAAUAAAGAAUAUCUGCCAAAGACUCCUGUUGUCUCCACGGAAACGCCUAAACCCAGUCAUUUUCAGGGUUCCUUCCUCAGCCCACUACCGGAUCAUCCUUGUGGUGUCGCACAGUCACGGUCGUUCCUCAAGCCAAGAAACGUCGUGGCUUUCCGCAGCUACUGCAGCUCCAUUAACCGUUCCAACAUGUCGGUGGCUUCCAGGCUGAGCCUCGGGUCUAUGGAGCCUAUGGAGGUCUCCACAUCGGCUUCCUAUCACUCUGCCUUUGGCACUGUAACCCCUGUGCAGAAGAGAUCAGCCUCCAACAGUUCUGCUUAUCAGACCCCUCAGCCCAUGUCUGCCUCCCACACCCCUUUCAGGACGCCAAAGAGUGUCCGAAGGGGCGCAAUGCCUGUUCAGGGUGCACCUAUUUUAGGAACCCCAGAUUAUUUGGCUCCAGAGCUGCUGCUGGGAAAAAUACACGUUACAGGAAAUGGUCGGUUUGACUGCAUGGUGGAUUGGUGGGCGCUUGGCGUGUGUCUGUUUGAGUUCCUCACAGGUGUGCCGCCUUUCAACGACGAGACACCUCAACUGGUCUUCCAGAAUAUUCUCAACAGAGACAUCCCGUGGCCAGAGGGGGACGAGGAACUGUCUGGAGACUCAAGAAACGCCAUUGAAAUCCUGCUGACCAUGGACAUGACGAAGCGCGCCAGUCUAAAGGAACUCAAACGCCACCACCUGUUUGACGGCCUGGACUGGGAGAACUUGCAGAACCAGCCGAUGCCCUUUGUACCUCAGCCAGAGGACGAGACCGACACGUCGUACUUUGAUGCAAGAAACGCCGCUCAGCACAUCGCUAUGUCCGGCUUCAGUCUAUAGCACUGGCUGGAGUUUUGUCAGUCAAAAAGUAGCACUUGAUGACAAAAUGAGAGCCGUCGUGGUAAAAAUAGAUGUAAGUGAUUCUUAUGGUUUUGUUGUUCCCUUUAAUGUUCUUAAAAACAUUUUACAUAUGUACAAUCACUGCUCAUAAGAGCCAGAAGGUUAUAUUUAUAUACUGUGCAAAGGA